AUGGGAAUGAUGGAGAAACAAGAAUCCUUAAUGAAGCUGAAAAGAAUUGGAAGGCAAGAGAAGAGGGGAAAGAUACGGAAGUUGGUGAAAGAUAAAAAUGUUGAUAUAGUGUUGAUUCAAGAAACAAAAAAUGUUGCUAUUACAGACAGAGAAGUCAGAGAAAUAUGGGUGAGGACUAGAAUGGAGUUCAUGUCAGUGGAUUCUAAAGGUACAAUAUUUAACUCUUAUGAGUGUGUUUUACUGAAUAUCUAUGCACCGAAUGAUGUGGGUGAAAGAAGAAAGCUUUGGGAUAGUUUGCUUAAUCUGAAACAAGGGCUUCCUAAACCAUGGUGUUUGUGUGGGGAUUUUAAUGAAAUUAGACAUAUUGGUAAGAGGAAAAGCUACUUCAGAAGAGAGAGGGGUAUGACUAAGCUCAAUGAGUUCAUUGAGAAUAGUGAAGUACAAGACCUACCUUUAUUAAGAAGAAAGUUCACAUGGUGUAAUUCCAGGGAAGAUCACAGUCCACUACUCUUGAUGGAAGAUGAAAGGAAUUGGGGACCAAAGCCGUUCCGGUUUCUAAAUGCUUUGUGUCUACAUCCAAAUUUCUUCUCCUUUGUGGUUAAAAAGAAAUUGAAGGAUUUGAAACUAGCACUUCAGCAAUGGAAUAAGGAGGUGUAUGGGUCUGUGCCUAACAAAUUGAAAGCAGUAGAGAAGGAAGUUCAUAACCUUGACCUGCAAGCAGAGAAUAGAGAGCAGGACCAGUAUGAGAAAGCUAGAAGAAGAGCAGCUAGUGAAGAGGUAUGGAGACUUCAUAGAAUGAUGGAAUGGACGUCGUUACAAAAAUCAAGACUGAAUUGGAAUUUGAAAGGGGAUCGAAAUACUAGGUUUUUCCAUGUGGUGGCCAAGGGUAAACAUUGUAGAAAUGAAAUAAUAUCCAUUGCCUUUGGUAGUUCAGUGCUUAAGGAACCUAGUCAAGUGAAGUCUGCAGUGUUCGAGCACUUCAAGAAGCAGUAUUUUGAGGAGUGGGUGUCAAGACCUAAGUUAGGAGGCAUAUUCAAAUCAAUGAGUAGCAGUCCAUAUUUUAAUGUGUUAGAAACUGAGUUCUCAAAGUCAGAAAUUCUGGCAGCAGUGAAGGAUUGUGAAGGAAACAAGGCACUUGGCCCAGAUGGUUUCAACAUGUUAUACUUCUAA